AUGAAGUUUAAUUAUCUUAAGUCUGCUGUCUCUCCUCUCCUUCCUAUCACUUUUUCUACUGGGGAGCCUAAGCCGACUGGUAUUGUAUCUUAUCCCAAGCCUAAUCUAACUGGAAUGGUCAUUCCUGUGAAGCUCAGUACCAGUUAUGGUACUACUUUUAUUAAGUCUACUACCAGCCAUGGUACCAUUCCUGCUAAGCCGACUACCAGUCAUGGCACUGCUCCUGUUCAGCCAACUACCAGCUUUAGUACCGCUUUUAUUAUGGUUCUAGGCAUAGACAGACCAGGAGCUAAAUAUAAUCUCGCUAAUCCUUAUAACAGUAAACAGUGACUAUACCAGGAUAUAGAUAAACUAUAUACAGUGGAGUUAUCACGCCCGCCCGCAGCCUGAAAUAACAGGGAUGAAUUCUCUGACCUGUAUUACAGGCUGUCACAGAAUAAAUAGCCUUGUCUACAGAAGCAAUAAAAAC